CAAAAAAUCCGUAACCACGUGUUAUGCUCGGUCGACGCAAGCAUGGUGUAAUAAAUUUGCCGUGAACCUGUCGUAAAAGAAUUGACAAAAACAUUGGGCAACAGGUCAAGACAACAAAGGGUUGAAGUCAUCCGAUUUGAGCGAGAUCCGACAAGAGAUCCGUCAGGAUUGAUCGUGAAAGGAUCGUGAAAUCAUUGGAAAUUUCUCCCUGGAUGAAUAUAGAUUUCCAAGCGAGCAGCACAGACAGCAUUCAUCGGUUCAGCUUUGUUGACGUUAGUCACCAAGGCACUCCUGUCCAAUCCUGGAUGGGAUGGAUCGCGGAGUAUCAGCCUGCGCGCCUUCUUCUACUCUGAACACGUGAAGAGUUCUCGAGUCCUCGCGGUUCCUACGGAAUCACUGCGGAUUUUCAAGAGCCUUAAAAAGUUGCGCCAUUUACAGCGAGGAUUUCAAGUCGACGAUGCCUGGUGUGCACGAUCGGUGUUAGAAUGAGAUUUGUUUGGAAGAUCGCCUAAUGUGGCCAAUCGACACAGCUCAGUGCCUUUUCUACCGAGCAAUGCAUUACAUCCAAACGAGAUCAGGAGAAAUCUCGUUGGAGUGACUGGAGAUUUGUUCCUAUUCCGUCUUUGGUGAGUGGUGACUCAGACGAGAGGCCACCAAAUUGUGCUUGGAUAGAUGGAUAGAUGGAGUGACAGGGUCGGCUAACAUGCAAGACAAUUAAGAGCCCAUCAGUCUUGUCAUUCAUUUCUCGUCCGUGUGUUCGAGGAACGCCAACAGUCCAUGUGUAUCAAACCCUCCAAUGGCAUGUGCAAGUUCCUCCAAAACCUCCACGCAAAGGGCCCCAUAGCCAGAGCUUCGAAAACCUAACUCUCGAAGGAGUGUUUUCUCGCGGCUCGAUCGUGGGAGAGUUUCACGAAAGCGCUAUUGUCAUCCCUUCAAGCUACUCUCCUCCGAUCCAUGGAGUGCGUUUUCGAGAACAGCGCCACGAUCACUUGAGAGUUGGGACGCGUUGACGUUCAUCCGUUCGUUGGAAAAAGAGUGAGUAAGUGAGUAGUGAGUGGUGCGUGUGCCAACUCUCCAUCCAGUUGGUGAUCUGAGUGCCAUUGAGACCCUUGUAGACACAUCACUCUGCAACGUGCAUGCUGGUUAAGCCCCUAAAUGAUUGGUAUCAGACUUCAGAAGUGGAGUGAACCCCGCCGCUCUUGUUCCGGUUUGAUGACCAUUUAUCGAACCAACGCCAAGUUGUUGGCAGCUCCGUUUCGAGCGUUGUUCUUAGCUGGAUAUUUGGUCACUCGAGUUGGAUUUCGAUUGACUCUAUAGAGGAGCCAGAUCCAAUUGGAGAAUCUUUCUCGUUUCCUGUGCCCUGAGGCGAGGAAACAUCUCAUACUUGGUUACACCGAGGUAAUUUCCUGUUGUCCGUAGGAAAAGUUCAGAAGUGUGGCAACGAAGCCCGCCUCUUCGUGUGCCUUUUCCCAUCGGCAAGAUUGUCGAUCGCUCGAGUCCUGUGAAUUAUUGUCUUGACUAGUGCCAACGAGAGCAUGGGAAUUGUGAAUUUGCCAGACAAUCACUCCAUGAUUGACAGACCAGUGAGCGGCAACAAGGAUUGGCACGGCCAACAUCCCAAACUAUCCUGUAGGCCUAUCGCCAAAGAUAUGGAGCAUUCAAGGCCAAUUCCGACCAAUUCGUGCUCCUUGGCCGUGGUUGGCGAUCCCAAGGUUGGGAAGACUUCACUCAUCAAUCGAGUGAUUUCCGGGAAAUAUUUGGAUCAGCCCAACGGAAUUGGUUCCAUCGGUCGAAAAGAGCCUCUCAGAUGGAACUUCAACGUGGCCGGAAAAUCGGUUGAUUAUUCCAUUUGGGACUUCAGCGGCACAACUCAUGCCGAUUUGACGGUCAUCGAUCCUCAUAGCAAGAAUGGAACGGACUUUACGCGUGUUUUUCAGCAACUAGACGUGGUGCUUUUAUGCUACGAUAUCGCCGAUCCGGACACGCUCUUCUCAGCCUUAAAUUGUUGGGUCCCUAAAAUCAAAACACUGACUUUAUCUAAAGAGAAAAUGGCCAACGAUGUCCCGAUUAUCUUGGUUGGAUGCCAAUCGGAUGCUAGACAAGAGCGAGACUCGCCAGGAUCCACGAUUCCUCAUCCCAAUGUUGCGGCGAGUCGUCGGCCUCUCUCGUUCAAUCGAGAUCAUCCUCCUCCAGUAUCGGCAAAUCAGGCCCUCAAGCUAAGUCAACAAUCGGGAUGUUCCCUCUACGUGGAAACGAGUGCCAAGGAGUGUUCCAGAUCUGCAAUCUCGGCCUUUGAAGUGGCCGCUCUAGUCACCUUGGGUCAGCUGCAGCAACACAUGCCACUUCUUCAAUCCUCACCGGCUCCGCCAAUUCCCCCCAAAGCGGUCAAGAUUUCCCCACCAGUUCCGCCCAAACCUAGACGGGCGGUUUCUCAUAUGGCUUUGAACAAGGAGAAUAUAUACACGCCAGAGCCCCUCAAGCAGAAGAGCGUGAGCAAGGCCAAUAUUUUCCCCUCAAGUCCAAAAUUAAGCUUAAAAACGUCCAAAAAUCGAAGUAGUGCUAGUUUGUUGAGCUUGAGCAGUCAAAGGACCCCGAAGAUCCCGAGAAAGUCCGGAAAACACGAGCGCAUGAUCACAAUCAAAUGUCAGAGAUUGAAUUCGGCCAAAGAGUACGAAGAAGUUGAGGUCGAGGUUCCGGAGCCUGUUUACGAGACACUCCGAUAUCAAAAUGAUCCGAAUGGAGCACGUCAAGAGAUCGCGUUAAACAAGGCCAAGAAGAACACUUUCACGGCCAAAAUUAGGAAUAUGUUCCUGAAAACUUGAAGAAAAAAAACCCCGAGAUUUUUGGCUUGAAGACUACGAUUGGGCUUCUUCUUUUGUUUCAGUGUCUGUGAUAGUAUACUUGAUUAUCAAUAAACUUGUAUGAACUCU